AUGGAGCUCAAUUUAUUAGAGAAGAACUGUCCAAAAACGGGUAAAGACAACAAAGCCUUUGAGUCAGAGGACCAGGAUCAGAUUAACACAGACAGCUCUUCAGAAGUCACAGAGGAUGCACGCAGAAACACAAAGCCCCAUAAGAAAAGCCUGCUGGAGAAGAAAAUGGAGACAAUCCAUGGCUGUUUGGCAGAGCACAAAGACCUGAUCUGCCUGAUAAUACACCUGGUUUUAGCAGCAGGAAUCGUUGCCAUAGUGAUAGCAGCGUGUGUGCUGAACUUCCGCCGCGCUGUUGUGCUGCUGGUCAUCUCCAUAGUAACUUUGCUCUUCCUGGUCUGGGAUUGGACAAUGGAACGCUAUGGCGACAGGGUGUGGGAGGAGCUUCAUCCUAUCAGAGUGCGCCUCAAUAGAAACUGGUUCUGGAUCAAAUGGACAAUCUGUGUGUUGCUGCUGGUGGCCAUGGUGUUAUGGUUAGCGCUGGACACAGCCCAGCAGGGGACCAGACAACUUGUGUCAUUCUUUGGUUUGCUGCUCUUUAUCUUCUUAAUGCUGCUGUUUUCCAAACACCCAUUCAGGUGGUCUUGGCGGACUCUUAUUUGUGGUGUUGGACUGCAGUUUGUCUUUGGUCUGCUGAUCCUCAGGACCACGUUUGGUUUGAGGGCACUGCAGUGGCUGGGAAAACUUAUAGAGAAUUUUUUGGCGUUCACAGAUGUUGGGUCGAAGUUUGUUUUUGGUGCAAAAUACACAGAUCACUUUUUCAUCUUCAAGGUGAUGCCAAUAUUGGUCUUUUUAAGCUCUAUCAUCUCCAUCCUCUAUUACAUUGGCUUCAUGCCCUGGCUGGUUUGCAAGAUUGGAUUCCUAAUGCAGGUUACCAUGGGAACGUCACCAGCAGAGUCAAUGGCUGCAGCUGGAAAUAUAUUCUUAGGACAGACAGACACCCCUCUCCUGAUUCGUCCAUACAUCAGUGGGCUUACUGUCUCUGAGAUCCACGCUGUGAUGACUGGAGGGUUUGCCAGCAUCUCUGGUACCAUCUUAGGAGCUUACAUCUCAUUUGGGGUCAAGGCAACUCACCUUUUGACUGCAUCAGUUAUGUCCGCUCCGGCCUCCCUUGCCAUUGCCAAGAUGUUCUGGCCUGAAACGGAGACACCUCGUGUGACAGAAAAUCGUGACGUGAAAAUGGAAAAAGGAGAAAGCACCAACCUGUUAGAAGCAGCAUCCCAGGGUGCAUCUUGUGCUAUUGGUUUAGUGGCCAACAUUGUUGUCAACAUCAUUGCCUUCAUGGCACUGUUAGCCUUUUUGGACUCUGCUCUCUCCUGGCUGGGUGAGAUGUUGGACUAUCCACAGCUCAGCUUCUCGCUCAUCUGCUCGUAUGUCUUCAUGCCUCUCUCCUUCAUGAUGGGUGUUUCCUGGGAGGACAGUUUUAUCGUUGCUGAGCUGAUUGGCAUAAAGACAUUUAUCAAUGAGUUUGUGGCAUAUCAGAAGUUGUCAGAGUUAAUAAAGAGGCGGACAGCAGGAGGGCCUGAAUAUGUGCACAAUGUGAAGCAGUAUAUUUCUGUCCACUCUGAAACCAUUGCCACCUAUGCAUUGUGUGGAUUUUCCAACUUUGCAUCCCUGGGGAUGUCAGUUGGAGCAUUGUCGGCGAUGGCUCCAGACAGACGUGCUGACAUCUCCAGUUGUGGUCUCAGGGCUCUGAUUGCAGGCAGCGUUUCUUGUUUCAUGACAGCUUGUAUCGCAGGUGUGUUAUAUGUCCCUGAUCUACAUUGUCCACGUUACCUGAACACCGAGUUCAACAAUACCAACGUGACCCUCAGCUCACAACUGGUCACCUGCUGCAAACUACUAUAUAACAGUGUCACGGUGUAUGAGCCACUGAACGUGACGAUCGAAGGUGGAUUCAGUGACAGGAGUCUUGAGGGCUGCUGCACACUGUCACCCACUACACACUUCAACUGCAGUCUGGUGCUGUGAGUCACUGUGAACAAAUACACUCCCCUCAGUGGAGCCCUGUGAUUUGCUUAUACUGUACAGUGAUGUAUGAUGAUAUGAUGAAUUUUUUAAUAAAACAUCUUGUGGAAAUA